AAUAUCAACCAAGAGAGGGCGAUCUGUGAUUCACAAUUCCGCGUCCACGCUGGCGUCCUUGGAAUUUAGAGCCAAUCCGUCAAACAACCGGACAUAGAAGAGUUAUCAUUAAUUCCGGUUUACCUAUUUCUUCUUCUCCGUGCUUCCUCUGGAUCUUUCUUUGAGAUUCUUUCUUGGGCAGCGUCCGUGAUUUUGUCCGCCGCAUCUUUUAUUAUUGUUGCCUAAUCCCUUUAUUUCAUUACUGUCAAGCAUUUUCCAAAUUCCAUUCCAGUUCAAGCUUCGAAACCCCACGACCUUGCGAAUUUGUUUUCGUCUUUCACGAUCUUCACACAUCCAUCACAUGGGUCAACCAGAAGGAAAAGAGGCCCUUCGCCCUCCGAGCUCUCAUACUAUGGCGGGCUCAACAGCAACCACCAUCGUGCCCCCCAGCCAAACUCCUUCUGUCAUCGACAAGGAUGUCAACGUCGCAACAGACUCCAAAUCCGAAUCUGGCCCCGACACCUCUGCCCCACCAACCGCCGUGGUACCAUCGAAGGACACCGCGGAGGUGGAGGUGAAGGGCGACGUCGCCGAGAACGCCCUGCCUUCGGAUGACGAGGUGGAGUAUCCGACCAGUUGGAAGCUCGGCCUGAUCACAAUUGCGCUCUGCUUAGCUGUAUUCUGCAUGGCCCUAGAUAAUACAAUCAUUGCAACCGCAAUCCCCAAGAUCACGACCGAUUUCAGCUCCUUAGAUGAUAUCGGCUGGUACGGAUCAUCGUAUCUCCUCGCCUCGUGCUCCUUCCAGCUCAUCUUCGGGAAGCUCUACACGUUUUACAGCAUAAAAUGGACCUACAUGACCGCCCUCUUCAUCUUUGAACUAGGCAGCUUGAUUUGCGGCGUUGCUCCGAAUUCCACCGCACUCAUCAUCGGGCGAGCCAUCGCGGGCUUGGGCGGCGCGGGCAUCUUCUCCGGUUCGAUCUUGAUUGUUGCGGCUUCGGUGCCCCUGCGCCAGCGCCCGACCUACACCGGCUUUAUCGGCGGCGUGUUUGGCAUUGCCAGCGUUGCAGGACCAUUGAUGGGUGGAGCCUUCACGGACAAUUUGACUUGGAGAUGGUGUUUCUAUAUCAAUCUGCCGUUCGGCGCUGUCACCGCCAUGUUUAUCUUCGUCUUCUUCAAGUCGCCGCCCCGCGCCAAAGUUGAACCCACUUUCCGCGGCAAGGUGAGGAAUCUCGACCUCGAAGGCACAGCGGUUUUCUUGCCGGGAAUCAUUUGUCUUCUGUUGGCGCUGCAGUGGGGAGGGAGCGAGUAUAAUUGGGGCAACGCCCGCAUCAUCGUUCUUUUCAUCCUGUUCGCACUCCUGAUAGCUGCUUUUGUCGGCAUUCAGUUCUGGAAGCAGGAACGGGCCACGAUUCCACCCCGCGUUUUCAAGAACCGGAAUGUGUGGGGCUCGGCCUUGUUUGGCGGCUGUCUCGGCGCGUCGUUCUUCAUCCUGAUCUUUUAUGUCCCGAUCUACUUCCAAGCCAUCAAGGGAGUCUCCGCUGUCAAAUCGGGCAUUAUGAAUAUCCCGAUGGUUCUUUCCCUCGUACUCUUCUCCAUCAUAGCCGGCAUCCUUGUCACCGUCGUCGGUUACUACACCCCCUUCAUGUUCUUGUCGUCCAUCCUCAUGGCGGUUGGCGCGGGAAUGCUGACCACGUUUACCCCUCAUACCGCCCAUCCCGCCUGGAUCGGCUAUCAAGUGCUAUUCGGUUUCGGCGUCGGCUUUGGGAUGCAGCAGACUUUGAUUGCCGUGCAAGCCAGCCUUCCCGGGCCCGACAUCCCCAUCGCGACCGCGCUGAUGAUGUUCGCGCAAAUGCUCGGCGGCGCCCUCUUCGUCUCCGUGGGUCAGAACGUGUUCACCAACCAGCUGUUCAAGAACCUAGCAAGCGUUCCCGGCAUCGAUCCGAAGCUGGUCGUCAGUGUCGGAGCGACGGACCUGCAGUCUGCCGUCCGAAAUUUCAACGAGGCGCUUCUGGCCCCGGUUCUGGAGGCUUACUCUUCCGCUCUGACGCAAACCUGGUACGUGAGCGUCGCUAUGGCUGUUUUCAGCAUAGUCGGUGCUGCGUUCGUUGAGUGGAAGUCCGUCAAGGGCAAAAAUAUCGAGAUGGGCGGCGGUGCUUAGGAGCAGAAUACCCGCUGUCCCGUCCCCCAGGAUUUUAGCUCCUGUUGUUUCCUCUGCAUUGUUUGUUUCGGAGUUCGGCUUUCGCAUGCUUAGAUUGUUUUUUGCAGCGAAGUAAUUGAUCCGGGAGGAUCCAGCUCUCAACUCAUACCAAAGCUCAGCGCUGUGGCCAACCCUCACCACUUUCGGGUUUCAUAGAUUCAUUAGCAUUCCACU